CAAGCUCUUUUAACAACAUUUAUCCAUCUAGCCAGAAAGAAUGUCUAGUUCCGCCCAUGCUUCUCCCAUCUGCUUAACCGCACCCGAAGCAUCCUGAUGAAUAAUGGAAGGUGAGACAGGCAGGACCCAUCUCCAGGCUAGUUUUGCCAGUUACUUGACAGACCCGUCACGGGCCUCACAUCAAUCAUCAUACCUCCUAUUCCUCAUCCUCGUCUACGCGUGCACACAAGCGUCUUUCAUGACGAACGAUCACUCGCGCACUUUACUUAAAAACCACAAUUACAAGUCUACCUACCAAUUCAAACAAUAUCCAUCCAAAACCACAAACCAGGUACCGCCCCACCAAACCAGCAAAAAUAUCAUAUCAAAUACAUACCCCGAAGGCAGAGGGAAAACAAAACGCCGCCGAAACUCAACUCCUAUGCUCCAUCCGUGCCGUCAACGCCGAGCGAGAGUCACACGCUGCUGCGCUGUUUGCGGUAUCCGGCGUGAAUGGCCCUUCAGAUUCCUUUGCAUUCUGUGUACCCUGCUCGUCCAGCAGAGAAGGAAUCUAUGCUCAUCCACCAAGGAAGAAAUCUAUACACCACCCAGUAAAGCUACGAAGUAACCACAUCUGUGCGCAUUUCUCUGCGACAUCUGGUAUUUCCGA